AGACCCCUGGUUUAAACCAAUGAGAUCAUCUCCUAACUGGUUCCAGAACCAAGCAUCACCAUCAUAAAGGAACAAUGGCUCAAAUGUAAGGUUCCCAAAUGCAUUUUCUCCAUGCUCAAAACUACCCAUUUUCUCCCCACCACCUUAACAUGGGUAAUUUGAUAAGACGUCCCCGCAAAUGGGAAAGCGAAUCGACGGACAAAAAAUUAAUUGACGCAAUCAUGACUAACAACACAUCGAUGCUUCAGGAGCUACUGCCGUCCCAUUCCGUUUAUCAAACGGUUAUCCGCCAGAAAAAAGGAAGAUUUGUGCAAGACAAUACACAAAAUGGAGAUCCUGAAAAGAGCCCCCCAAAAGCAGAAUGUUCGAUGGAGAACCGCCACAGAAGAGAAGAAAGCAAUAAGGGCAAGCAGCUCCCCAUCAAACCAAAUAAGAGCGUCAAGGCCGCGCGCAGUGAUGUGGCAGGCCCCCACGAUCACCAUCCUCUCCAUCUGGCUGUAACCAACGGGUGUCAUCACCUAAUCCCCGACCUGCUGAAGCGGGGGGCAAGAAUAGACGACAGGACGAAAGCCGGCCAAACCGCUCUUCACCUCGCUUCCAAAACCCUCAACCAAGAAGCCGUUCAGAUGUUACUCCGCUGUGGGGCCCAGGUAAACCCCACCACUCCGAUGACCCGAGAGACCCCGCUCCAUUUGGCCGUCCACACCUCGUCCUGCAAGGCUGGCACUGUCCUAGCGGCCGAUGGGAAGUGCGUGGAGCUUCUGCUGAUGAAUGGAGCCGACGUCUGCAUGAAAGACUGGAAAGGCCAGGAAGCCCUGCACCACGCUUGCCGAAAUGGCCGGGAAGACAUUAUUAACCUCCUCCUCAACUACGGGGCGGACGUGAACGCCUUAACGUUGCAAGCGGAGUCGUGCCUUUUCCUAUUCCUGGAAAAAGCCACCAAUCUCAAGAAGGCCAACGUUCUCUGGAAGCUGCUAAGCCUAUCCUACCCUCUGAAGCUCACCAACUCUGAGGAGCGUUUACCCCAACUGCUGGAUGACCCUUACUGGGAGCCGCUGAAGGACAUCCUCCUCCAAGUGUCUUCACAAGUAUGGUCCUUACAGGACAUUUGCAAAUUCAACAUCCGGAAGAUCUACGGAGGAAACUCGAGAUACUGGCUCAAAGAGGCGAUGCCCGUCGAACUCUGGGACUCUAUCUACACGAGCCAAGAGUUCUCGUACGCGUCGAAAAUCGUUGAAAGGAUUUUUGACUGCGGGCGCCGCCAGUCGGAAGUAAGGGAAAGGCCCUGGGAUGCCAGCCUCCUCCUCCUUUUUCUCCUUAGCGUGAUUCCUGCGCUGUGGCAGGGCCCGCUUUUCCUGGGACGCUAAGCCGUUAUUAAAAAUAAGAUCUGUUCCUGACUUCUUGCCAAGUAUUGUCUGCUACAGAGUGGUGUUUUGAAGAUAUCGGCCUGGCACCUCUCCAAGCCUGAUAAAUGUCUGUAGUUGGGAAAUCUCAUGAAAGAUUGUUGGCCGGAAACUUUGCUGGAGAGAAAUUCCCUUUAAACUAAAUAAAAGGGGUUUUAUCGGGACGAGGAGUCAGCUUCGUGCUUUUGGGAAGCCGAGGUCAGAACAGAGUAUUUU